UUAAUCUUUAUGUAUUGAAAUAAACGUAAUUUCCAUACUAUGUGUUAAUGCAAUGUAUUAACUAUUUCCAUGUCUAUGUAGUUGAUUCCAAAAUCUUUUCAUACACAAUAUGAAGAUUACUUCAGCCAGAGCAUGCAAUUCAGAUUCCUACCAAAUCUAAUUUUCUCUAUAACCGUGGAGAAAAUUCUCUUUGCCAAUACGAACAUGCUCAUGUGGGCAUUGACAAAAGGGGUUCAAACGUGUGUUGAAAAAUUGAAGCUCUGCAGCAAAGAUCGUCUAACAUUUACUCUAGAUUUGGCAGAAAAAAUCUUCGAUGUAACAAUAUUUGACAAAAACGGGAACCCAAAGGUGCUAAACAAUGAAGUAAUGCCACAACCAAUUCAUGCAGCAAAUGAAGCAUUUCAGCAACCACCCUGACUUCCAAAUACCUCACUCACCGAUGUAUGCAUAUCCUGAAGCACCACCACACCAGCCAGCGGCUCCAACAGAACUCCAGCAAGCACCUGCAGCAGAACCUCAGCCAGCAGUUGAACCAAAUAAAAAUCUGGUAAUUCGGUUCAAACAUAAUAAGAGCACAGACUACAAAGUGUCAAUGCGCCAAGCUUUCCAUGACGCAUACUUGUAUGGGAGACACGAAGCACGAGUUCAAUAUGAAGGUGAAGAACAAAUUUGGUCAGUUGAAGUCGGUUUACGACGUGAAUGGAGCCCCAUCAUUGAACUAAAAACUGGAUGGAAAGAGUUUGUACGUGCUAGCCCAUUCGUUAAGGGCCUCAACUACAAAGGGAUCUUUGAUGCACAAAACGACGUCAUCCUGUUUCAAGAGGAUGUUUGAAUAGGUACAAAUCAUUACACUAAUUUUAUUUGAAAGCUCUAUAUUCAAUAGUACGAAAACAUUCUCAAGCGACAUAACAUUCUUUGACAGACAUUCAAGAAAGCUGGUGCACAGUUUAUGUAGUAGUUAACUUCAAGUAACUUUUGCAUUGCAUUCUAAAACAACGAUAUAUAUUAUGCUCCAAUCAUAUGGUCUAUUUUAAACAACUUAUGUUCUCUCUUUGUUUAUCCAUGUUUAAUUGUG